AUGCCGACCGGGAGCUGUUUCUGCGGAAACAUCAAAAUCGAAUAUUCCGGAGAGCCUGCAAUGAUCGCACUGUGUCAUUGUGCAGACUGUCGCAAGAUCUCGGGCGGUCUGUACAGCUAUAACGUUGUCGUCCCGAGCUCCAAUUUCAAGAUCACCGCAGGGAAACCCAGCGAGAUCUCCAAGACGGCUGAUACAGGCAAGCCUAUCACCAACUGCUUCUGUCGUGAUUGUGGUACAACAUUGUUCCGAUAUGGCGACACUUUCGGCGGUGUCGAUGGAAUGAGGCUCAUCAAGGCCGGCAUCCUAGACGACAUCACGGUGAUUAACGACCAAAAGCCCGGUGCUGAGUUUUUUGCUCCUCAGCGGGUGGAAUGGGUGGCGGCCAUUGAUGGAGCGGGCCAAGUUGAGGCAAUGCCGCCGUCCUGA